AAUUACGUCUUGACUUUCAUUUAGGGUUUAGUUAAACUCCAAAAGCAGCCUGCGGAUUACGUGCACGAAAGUCGUCAAGCAAAGUGCCAAUAGGUCGUCGCUUUGUCAACGAGUCGCUAUACUAAAUCAUUAAUGUGAAUUUGGCCGCCAGACGUCGAAAAUAUUUGACAGAAAGGUCGUGGAAAAGCCCCUAACGUCGAAAGCGGUUAAGCUUGCACACCUAACCGCAAGGCACGCACGCAAUGGCGCUUUUAACGGCAGCAAUCAACACUGGACAGGUCGCGUUCCUGUUCGCCUUCAUAUGGUCAUUCCUAGCAUGGAGCUUAGCAGAAUUUCUGCACUGGCUUAGGCCCUACCCAGACCCCACGGAAGAAGAUUCCCUUGAAGCACCCGAUGCCGAAUCCGCCAAGCUGCUGCUGCUUCCAACCGCCAAAGCCCGCAGCACCCACGACGCCAGCAGCGGCAGCAGUACGGCAGUAGCAUCCGCCAGCGCACACGCCCUCACCGCAUGCUGUACAACCGACCCACCGGAUGCCGACAGCAAAUCUUUCUCCCACUCAGCCAGUUCAGAGAAGGUCUUCAACAGUCGGAUCUCAGCAACGGAACAUAGUUUAUACGCAAGCACUUCUACAAUCGCUAGCAUGUGGACUAGCAUGGCUCAGUCAGGGCUGGUGUCAUGUCUGCAACUCAAUCGCCAGGCCCUGGUUCAGCAUCGCCUCGUGCUGCGGGCUGUCGUUGAGUUCGGGGGCCUUAUGCUGUGGUUCUUCCUGGCAGAUCGUACGACAAUGUUCCAGGAAGGGCCCAAGUCGUACAGUCGCGAUCUCUUCAUGCUUCUCUUCAUGAGCCUGACGGCUGCGGCUGCUGGGAGCUCUCUGCAGGCAUUACGCACGCCGGCGCUGUUGAACCGGCCGCAGACGGAGGAAUGGAAGGGCUGGAUGCAGGUCCUGUUCCUGUUGUACCAUUACUUCGAGGCCAAGGAGGCCUACAAUGCCAUCCGCAUCUUUAUCGCUGCAUAUGUUUGGAUGACCGGAUUCGGCAACUUCUCGUACUACUACAAAACCGGGGACUUUUGCAUUGGACGGUUCGCGCAAAUGAUGUGGCGACUCAACUUCCUGGUCUUCUUCGCCUGUGUCGUACUUUGCAACAGCUACAUGUUGUACUACAUCUGCCCCAUGCACACCAUCUUUACCGUACUGGUGUAUGUCGUACUCGCCAUCGCCCCGCACCUCAACAAACAUCGGGGCUGGAUGCUUACCAAGCUGCUGCUGUCAGUGGCGCUGGUGUACGUCACAUGGGACGUGAAGCGCGUCUUCACCGCCCUCUGGUCGCCACUCACCUGGCUGCUCGGCUACAGCGACCCGCGCAAACCCACACAAGACCCGCUGCAUGAGUGGUACUUUCGUUCCUCCCUGGAUCGCUACGUGUGGAUAUACGGCAUGCUGUGCGCCUGGAUACACCCGCAGGUCGCCGCCUUCUUCAAGUUUGUUGACGACCAACCAGCCGUCCGCCGCUUCGCCUUACGCUCCUUCAUCUUGGCGGCCUGCGGCGGUGCCGGUUACUGGUAUUAUUCCAGGAUCUAUGUACUGCCAAAAUACGAAUACAAUGUCGUACAUCCGUACACCUCGUGGAUCCCGAUUACGCUAUGGAUUGUCGUAAGGAACAUGACGCCCUCGCUGCGGCUACACCACUUGCGGCUGUACGGCUGGCUUGGGUGCAUCACCUUGGAAACGUAUAUUUCACAGUUCCACAUCUGGAUGAAGACGGUGUUGCCGAACGGGCAGCCCAAGGGCCUGCUGGUGCUGCUGCCCGGGUACCCGCUGGUCAAUUUUGGGGUCGUGUCCGCAUUGUACGUGCUGGUGAGCUACCGGCUGUUUGAGCUGACUAACGUGCUUAAAACCGCCGCCGUACCUCACUCCAACAACGGCCUACUGCUGCGCAACAUGCUCCUCAUGCUGGCGACCGGAGCGGCCGUGUGGGCUGUUGCGUGGCUGUCGUACAAUAUGCUGCUUACAACAAUCAGUACGGGUAGUCAGCGAGAGACGUAACGGUAUUUUCCUUUCGUUUGUAAAUUUGGGAAGGGAUGAGAUUAUGCCUCUCAAACAAUAUAUGUGAAAUGGUUUGAUGCCCUGAAGGUUUUGGGAAAGCCAGAACCCACAGCUAGUACCGGUAGUGACGUCAAUGCUGCCGGGUUCUCCUUGUGUAAAGUUGAGUAGGACAAGAGCAAGCAAUUGGGAGAGGUUCCUUGUGUAUAUUGGUCGAAGUAUUUCAACCACGCGGUCGUGAUACCAAUUUCCAAAUUCCUUGCAUGCUCGUACGGGUUGUUUGACGGUUGACAUGCCGACCCUCGUGACCCAUCUGCCAUCCGUUUUGGCCCUAAACGCACGCACUUGGUGGUGGUCGUUUGAGUUGCUUCUUUGACGUAAGGGGAAUGAAUUAUAGUAUGAUACCCUGAUGUAAAGAGGUGCUGUUCUUAGCUGUUGUUCCGUGUGGGGACAGGGUAGAGAUGCACUAUAUUCGUACUGCAGGUGCUGCGCUGUGAUACCCCAACGACUAUCCUGCGUCGUACCACUCCUUUGCCGCCGCGUCCUGGCAGGGAGUAGUACGACAAUGUGUAUGGCA